AUGCUCUGGGACGACAUGCACAAGAACGACAUGGUCUGGCCCACUGUGAAGGAGGUUCAGGAGUACCGAAAGAAAGUGUACAAGAUCGUCAGCGAGGUUAUUGCCACACAUCCAGCCCUUGAAGAUGCCGACGGCGCGGCACCGGUGAAGAUUACCUGGGACCAUCCCCUGUGGUUCCAGCCCCAGAAAGUUGUGCCAAAACAGAACAGGGAGCUGGCUCUGGUGUCUCACAUGUUUCAGUGA